AUUUAACCCUCUCCAUCUUCAGAAUGAAAAAAGUAAAGAAACUUGAGUUAUCAGUGCUUCAACAAGAGAUUGAUACUCAUAAUUUAAGAGAAUCCCAACUGGGGGGUUGGGGCUACAGUAUGGAAGAAAGAGUUAACCAACGGCCAGGCGGAACUGGACUUAUAGCAAGCAUGCAUUUCGGGUACCAGUUGAGCUUGAGUAGGGAGUACAGGAAAAUAUUGAAGAGACAGCAGAUGAUGGAGUUUGCUUUUAGCUCAAAAAUGAACGAACUCUACAAUAUUUCUUCAGCACAGAUCAAUUGGGAGUAUCCGAAAGAUGUCAAGACUAUUUUAAGGACCUGAAAGCCAAGAAUAGUGCACAACUCAUUGGUGAUAACUGGAUCGCUCUAUGAUGAGGGAAAACAAAACAGAAGAAUAAAAGCACAGCUGACUAACUUAUUGGGGUUUGCGCCAUAUACUUUGAGACAAUGCGUGAUCAGCGGAUUAGUUAUUGACAAGAUUCAGAUGAAAAAGAUAUUCCAAUAUUGAAGCCAGACUCGGAUGCUUGAGUUCCAUAAAUGCAUGGUUCGAUGUGAAGGGUUAGUUCUAAACAAGAAAAUAAAUUACAAGACAACUUUUAUAAUGUUUAAAGAUCUCAAAGAGGAAAAUUCAGAUUAUUAUACUAAUAAAUCAUUGUCAACUGCUCAAACGAUCGAUUCUAUCGAAGAUAUAAUCAAAAGUAUCUCUACCUGUUCAUUGCAAACCUCGCUCCAAAGAUUGAGCUUAGGGAGAUGUACUAUUGAGAAAGCAAGAGUCGAUCACUGGUUGGUAAAGUUCUCUUUAGUGGACCUUCCUAUAUCUUUUUACAACACCUCAGAGUCCACAGUAUAUCAUUGUUGUAUUGAGUCAGGAAAAUCUGAUGAAAAAGUAGCCAAUAACAAAAAGUGCAUAAUUCAAUAAUAAUUUGUCU